AUGGCUAACACUAGGGUUCUUAUCUCCGAAGUGAAGUCCGGCAGGUGUUAUUCCAGCGUUGAGGCUAGACUCCUCUGUUUUUGGGAGGUGAGAAGUGGUAGCCGUAGUGGUGAAUUAACGUUUCUCGACAUGCUAAUGAUCGAUGUUAAUGAAGAUCGUCGAAGAAUUCUGACGUGGUGGAGAUUCGGGUUCUACAAAUCUAGAAAUCUAGAAAGUUUAUCUACUCAUUUGCGUUGA